CCUUUGUUGUGUUGGGUUAAGCCAACAACACUACUACUACCGUGCACAAGUAAUAUGUUCAAAGUCUCAUGUGAACGAAGCACAGAUGACCAGAAUUUGGUGUCCAUUUUGAAUCCCUGGUAGUCCUACUACUGUGUGGCUGCUUCGAGGGGAACUGUCGCCAUUCCGGGCAAACAGUUCGUCAUUUUGUGGACGAUGGUGACAUCGUCAUUGGACCGCAAAUCGGUCCUCAGCGUCUGCCUGUUGCUCUUCCUCCAGCACCCUCGCUUGUCCGAUGCAGCAUGUGGUAAUUCCACCUUGACUGACUGCAAGAACGGCGGAGAAUGCAACGAGGACGGGACGUGUGAAUGCCCACACGGAUAUUCUGGGCCUGUUUGUGAACACACAGUUGUCAGCAAGGCUAUUCUUGUACUUGUAUGCAUCAUGCCAGCGAUCACAUGGACCAUUGUCUGCUGCUACGGAUGUAGAAGUUACCGUGCCAAGAUAAAGCGCCAGAGGCGCCGAGCGUCCGCAAGAGCUAACCGCCAGCGAGCAACGUCGGACGAAGACGACAUCGUACCUGUGGACGAUGAUCCACCCGGAUACGACCAAGCCGUGCAUGAAAAUCCUGUAGCCAUCUGCGGUCUGGACGAAAACCCUGACUGGACCUUCCAGACGGGCGUCAAUUACUUGGAACUUCCCCCGCACUACGAGGACCUCAUCAACGCAAUCAAGUCUGGAAAGGAUAUGCCGACUCCAGUGAUAAUAGAGAUGGAGCCGACAAACACUGUUGAAAGUUCGAGGACCGUGGGGGAGUUGGAGAUCGAAGAGAGAGGUCGAGGGAGGGGAAGCCAGGACACCACACACGACGAACCGUCGUCAUCCACGACCCAAUCAGGGAUCAACCAGGAGUCUGGCUGCAACAGUCGCAUAGCCAGGGAAGAUUCUUCCUCUGUUUUGUGUCGGAGUCAUCCUGGUGACGAACCGUCCUCACUUGGGACAUUUUCCGAGACUGCAACCGAGGAAAAAGUAUUGUCUGCUCCGCCAAAUCAGAGAGAAUCUGGAGAUGAAGACCCGACCGCGUUGAGCCAAGCAGAUUCCGGGGGCGCACCAGGGCAGAGGGACAUGCGGGACCAAUGAAACUCCGUGGACCUACUUGACCAAAGGAACUCAUAGAACGCACUUGACCAACAAAACUCCGAGGACGUACUUGGCCGUUAGAGGUAAUUAUCUAUAAAUGGAGAUGUUAGAGUCCUUGGUAAAACCACCGACAAUUGAGCAGAAAGUAAAAGAUGCGGAAAGGAACUUGAAUUUGAAGUCUCAAGCACUCUGAAGGGAGUCAAUAUUUAUUUAUUUUCUUAUAUAUUUUUACUGAAGGUAUUUAGGCCCAUCAUUGUUGUCUAUGGCAGCUGGUCUGCAACGUUUCGACCGUAAUGACGUCAUGUCAAAACGGGAAAACAUCAGGACGUAUUUUAUAUUUAUCGGUAAUUAUAGAGUCAAUGUCUGUGGCUGCAUCCGAAUCUCUUGUCUAGAGCUAGGUCUAGGUCUUCGUUCCAUUGGAAAUGUGUGGAGACGCGUAGACAAUAGACCUAGCCGUAGCUCUGGAAGCCCGUUUCGGACACGGCCUUUGUUUAAAAACGAAAUAUAAUGGCUAUAAUAUAGCUGCCUAGGUGUUGUCUAGAUGUCAAGUACCACCACUGUUGCGUGAUUCCUACACAUGUUGAUUCUUUAUUUUCACAUCACAAAUGGUACUUAAAUGACAUUUUCAUCGACAUGAACAGCAAACACUGGAGAAUUAUAUGUUAAGUAUGGACCAUACAAAUCUGUCUUUUAAAUAAAUGUGGUGUUUUAUCGAUGCAGCGAUUCAUAAUAGCAAGUGUAAAGUUAAGAGUAAAGUUCACAAUAUAAAUGACUCUCUAAUAUUUUGUACGUGUAACGUCUCCCUUAGGACACUUUCUAACGAUGCUGUGAUUAUAAUAUGAAGUGUGGCGUUUCGAGUGCAGUCAAGUUUAAAUGCCACGUAAUUGGCUCUUACUUUGUAUACUGUUAGCGGGAAUAGGGUUCGAGGGUACAAAAUAACACUUGACACUGAUUAGCGAGGAGUCUUGGCAUCCUAACCCAUCUUCGACUUUAACAUGAACACAUUUGCUACCAAACGUAAGCAAAUAAUAUUGAUUUAAGAACCCUACAAGAUGAAUGUAAAUCAAUGCUUUGCAAUAUUUGUUCAUUCUAUUCAGUCUUGAUAAUGUAAGUAGUAUUUAUAAUUGGUGACUAUAACAUUUAUAUAUAAUAAUUGUAUUUUACACAGUUUUAUAACUAAAAGAAGUUGCAAUCACAUUGGUUCUACAGUGUUGAAAAGAAAAUAUCUAGGUACUUAGCUUUUUAUAUUAUAAGAUUCGCGAAUUUAAAUUUGAAGUGCCUUUUUAUAACCAUUUUUUGGGUGAAACUAGUCUUAAAUUCUACCAAUAAUAUUUCUUCGUGGUUGAAAGAUUCUUUUGAAGUGUUUUUUUUUACUGUUUGGAGCUUGUUGAUUAAUUUGGUCUUGUUUUAGAAAAUACCUUCACAGAUUAUACAGACCGUACCUUAAUGAAAUUGUCCUGAAACGAGCACAUGUGCUACCGACUGGCUGAUAUUCUAAACUUCUUCAAAGACCAACUGGGUUCGCUGAAUACCCAUUGUGCCUCCCCUUAAGAUUGUAACAUGGGCAGUCUUUGCCUUGCAGCUGAACAGUGUAACACUUAAUAUUAAGAAUUGAUCACCGAUUCAAGGUUUUUUAAAACUACUUAUAAUCUUUGAUAUGUAAUAGGUAAAUAAACAACUACUUUCACAACUUACACAUUCAACCUUUUUUACCGUUUUUAUCACAAUCACGACUGACUUUUAAAUGUGUUGGAAACUAUUUUGGUUUCUAGGCAUAUGUAAUAAAGUUUAACAACACUGA